AUGUCGCCACCACACGGCCAAGGUGGCGGCGGACGCGCCUCGAAGCCUCCCACACCUGUCGCCCCUGCGAACACACUCAAUCUUUCCACCGCGAGUCCCAUGAAGAAGAUGCACACGACUGCUCGCAGUGAUGCAGUAACUGCAGUCGAUAUCCGAAGUCACCGGCCUUUUAUUACGCGCCGCCUCACUGGGCAGCCACCAGCGGGACGUCCUCCGCGCCCGAACCUGCCUCCCAUCGACGGAGGAAGCCCAGCACCGAGCGCACUCGGCAAGCGUGGCGCGGACCCCGUCUCGAGCCCUCCUGCUCCAGCAGCAAAAAGACCGGCGAACCCAGGUACGAGAUCCGACUUGGCUUCUGCUGAUGCGGCGAUGGCUCGACGAGGUACAUCCGUUGACGCCACGAACAAGGUUCUAAUCAGCUCUUCGACAGGCAGAGAGGACUUCAUGCCGCAGGGCGGUAUCAGUACACGUACAUCUGACACGAGCAAGCAUCCGACGUCUGCGACGAGCGAGCAAACACCCGCCGACGGGAUGAGCCCCUUCACGAGCAAAGAUUACGAGGGCGUGGUCCCAAAGAACACAUCUGUCACCGAUGCUAUGUCGCUUCGACCUCACAUCGAGUCCGACUUGGAGUGCAGGGCUUGCGGUAGCCGGCGACACGGGACGAAAGACUGCCAUGUUCCCUCCAGCGACGGAACUGUGAUCAUCUGCCCGUUCCACGACUGCACCGUCCUUGACAAGACGGGCCCUCCGGGCCACCCUCUAGAUGGUCACGCGAGAUUCCACGCGGGGGAUAGGACGAGGGCUCCGUUGUACUGCCAGGAGGUGAUGGCCUUCGAAAUGACAGCCCGGGCUAAGAAUAGAGUAAGCGUAAGACGCGUGAUGCCCCUAAUGUUCGAGGAACUCGUCGUUAAACGGAGGCGGAAGCCAUGCUGCCGAGUGGUCAACACGGAGGUCUGUGCAAUCAACCUCGCCAUCGAGUACUCUCGGGUAUUCUGUCAGGGGGAAAUGCCUCCAGAGUUGCAAGGCAUGUGGCCUUACACCAUGCGGGAUGCUACAGACCCUGCGAUAGUUGCCAAAUUGGAACAAUUCGACGAGCUCGGCCGGGAGGGAAUGCCGCCGGGAGAGCUGGAGGCGAAGUCAUGGGAACAGAUCAAGCAGGAGUACACGGAAGGAAUCAUCGCGCCGCAGAUUCACGUGGUAAAGCUUAAACAAAGACCAACUGAUCCAGUUAACACGGCGAAGCCGACCGCUGCUCAGCAGGGCGGUGCAGACCAUGCUCGUCGCCCUCCGGAUACAGAGCCGCAGGCUGUCGACGCCAGCGGCGCCCGCCUGGGCGUCCGGGGGGAAGAGGACACCACGCAGUCUCAGGGCGUGACGAAGAUAGAUGCCCUGUUGGAGGAGGUGCAGCGGCUAUCUGCAAAAGUGGACAGCGUCAUUAAGCGGCUCGACAUCAUGGAAGCAAGACAGACAGGUGGCCAGCCCGCGAUCGAGGCAGCCUCCAGCGCCAGUGCUCCUCACCCUGAUGACACCGAUGUCAAAAUGUAUGGGAUGUCACUUCACUGGUGA